AUGCCGCCGUCUAGCAUGGCCGCCAGCUCCAUGCGGUCGCAGCAGGCUUCAUUAUUGCGCCUCCGCCGAGUCGUCCAACAACGCCCGCCUUACCCAUCUACUCGCCAUUACGCCACGGACAUAUCGCACAAUGACCACCCAUCGCCUGCCUCAACUACGAACCUUCGUCGCUCUUCCUUGUCUGUCCCGGCCGAAUCGCGCUUCAACGAAAUUGGUGUUCAGCAAAUCAGUAGCCACAUCUAUCCCCAAAUAUUCGCCGGCAAGGCUCCACCGGCUCCUGAGGACCUCGUCCACUUAUCCAAGGACCACUUGCGCCGCCAUGAUCUUCUGGGAAAAAACACCGACUCUUCUGCGCCUGUCGCCUUUGAUAUGCCCCAGAUACAAGGCAAGACGUUAGACGAACAUUUCUACAAGCUGGCCAUGGACUCUGCAGAACCAUAUCUAAGUCUUGCCAAAAAGUACUCCACCGCCAACCCGCCACCGCGACCGAGGAAAUGGGCUAGACGGAGUGGAUGGACCAAGUACAAUCAGGAUGGCUCCAAUGAACCUAUCGAAGCUCCGGAUGAGGAAAUGUUGACCUUUGACGUCGAAGUCUUGUGGCAUCAGUCAUCCUACGCCGUCAUGGCAUGCGCCGUGAGCGAUAAAUCCUGGUAUGCAUGGUUGUCGCCCUGGCUGCUAGGCGAAUCCGAAAGUGACCGCCACCUUAUCCCGCUAGGAGAUCCCAAAAAGCCGCGUAUAGUCGUAGGACACAACAUUGGCUAUGAUAGAGCACGAGUUGCUGAAGAAUACGAGCUCGACCAGUCACGCAACAACUUUAUCGAUACCAUGUCGCUCCAUGUGGCGGUCAAUGGCAUGUGCUCAAGGCAGAGGCCAACCUGGAACAUGCACCGCAAGAACCGCGAGACAAGAGACAAGAUCGCAAAUUCAGAUGCUGCUGCUGAUUUGGCUGUGUUGCUCCAAUCCCAAGGAGAUGUAGAUGAAGAGGAGGAACUAUGGGUUGGUCGUAGUUCUGUCAACUCUCUGCGUGAUGUUGCCCAGUUUCAUUGCGGUAUAACUAUCGACAAGGCUAAGCGUGAAUGGUUUUCCGAGCUUGAUCGACAAGGCGUUUGCGACAAGCUUGAUGAGCUGCUUGACUAUUGUGCCGCUGAUGUUGACAUUACACAUCGAGUUUACAAGAAAGUCUUUCCAGCGUUCAUGGAAACAUGUCCUCAUCCUGUUAGUUUCGCUGCGCUCCGCCAUCUGUCCACAGAGAUUCUGCCUGUCAACCGAACGUGGGACUCGUACAUUGCAAAUGCAGAAGCAACGUACCGUAAACUGUCGGACGCUGUGGAAGAGCGAUUGCAUGACUUGGCUCACAAAGCGCUUGCAAUGAAGGAUGAACCUGAGAAAUAUGAGAAUGAUCCAUGGUUGAGCCAGCUGGACUGGUCGGGCCAGGAGAUUCGCAUGGUGAAGGGUAAAAAGAAAGGAGAUCCUCCGAGACCUGCCGCCCGACAAAAGAUGCCUGGAAUGCCCAAAUGGUACAAGGACUUAUUUGUAAAAAAUGAUGCGCCGAUCGGCCUUACAGUUCGCACGCGAGUCUCGCCGCUAAUAUUACGACUUGCCUGGGAUGGUCGCCCGCUAAUCUGGUCCGAUAAGAAUGGGUGGACGUAUAGAGUACCCCAUUCAGAAGCGAGCAAAUACACCAGCAGAGGGCUGCAGCCCUGCGAUAUGUCGGAAGAAGAAAACCUGGAGUUACGAGACGACAACAUACAUGUCUAUUUCCGAUUACCACACAAAGACGGACCUCAAGCAAGAUGCGCCAAUCCUCUGGCAAAAGGAUAUUUACAAUUCUUCGAGAACGGCAUACUUUCUUCUGAAUACACUUAUGCCAAGGAAGCGCUGCAAAUGAAUGCAUCAUGCUCGUACUGGAUCAGUGCUAGGGACAGAAUCAUGUCGCAAAUGGUUGUAUACCAAGGAGAGGAGAAUAAGAACGACCAGGUUGGCUUCAUCUUACCACGGAUCAUCCCCAUGGGCACCAUUACAAGAAGAGCAGUAGAGAACACAUGGCUCACAGCCAGCAACGCUAAGAAGAACCGUGUGGGCUCUGAACUCAAGGCCAUGGUCAGGGCACCACCCGGCUACUGUUUCGUUGGCGCAGAUGUCGACUCUCAAGAACUCUGGAUCGCCGGCCUCGUAGGCGACGCCUCCUUCCAAAUACACGGCGGCAACGCAAUCGGCUUCAUGAACCUCGAAGGCAGCAAAGCGCAAGGCACAGAUAUGCACUCCCGCACCGCCUCCAUUCUAGGCAUCUCUCGAAACGACGCAAAGGUCUUCAAUUAUGGCCGCAUCUACGGUGCCGGCUUACGUUUCGCUUCUACUCUUCUCCGCCAAUUCAAUCCUACAAUCAGCGAUGCAGACGCCGACUCCACAGCCGACAAACUGUACAAAAACACAAAAGGUCAAAAGACAACGAGAAAGGUUCUGCGUGAAAGACCUUUCUGGCGUGGUGGCACCGAAUCAUUCGUCUUCAACAAGCUGGAAGAUUUCGCAGAGCAAGAACGUCCACGCACGCCCGUACUCGGUGCUGGCAUCACAGAAGCACUCAUGCGCCGCUUCAUCUCCAAAGGUGGCUUCAUGACCUCACGCAUCAACUGGGCGAUCCAAUCCUCAGGUGUCGAUUACCUGCAUCUCCUAAUCGUGUCGAUGGAAUAUCUUUCCCGCCGCUACAAUAUCAACGCCCGUCUUUCCAUCACCGUACACGACGAAAUCCGAUACCUGGUCAAGGAAGAAGACAAAUAUCGCGCAGUCAUGGCGUUACAAGUCGCCAACGUAUGGACCCGCGCAAUGUUCUCCCAACAAAUGGGCAUCCACGACCUCCCCCAAUCCUGCGCCUACUUCUCCGCCGUCGACGUCGACACCGUGCUCCGCAAAGAAGUAGACAUGGACUGCGUAACACCCUCCCACACCACCCCCAUCCCCGCAGGAGAAAGUCUGGAUAUCUUGCAGCUUCUGGCCAAAGGCGAUCAAGCGUAUUUGGAUCCUAAUAUCGUGCCCAAAGAUCCACCACAACCGCAGAGAUUUGAUUACAAGGAUCGAGAGCCGGUGAUGACGAGUUUGCAACGGGCGGAAGCGCCGGCGUAUCUGAGGGCGCAGACUACGGGUGAUGAUGCGGAACUUCGCCAAAUCAUCAAAGAAAUGCGUUUCCCUGCUUCUGCCUCUUCCUCAAACUCUUCUUCAUCCCCAUCGUCAAACUCUAAAUCAAAGCCAGCGAGCAAGACCACCAGAAGCAAGAAAAAGGGAGACAAAGGACAAGAUCCAUAUAUGCAAAACCCCAGCCUCUUGAUGAUUUAG